AUGAAGCAAACAAAUCUGGAGCUGAAGAAUACAAUGAAUGAAAUGACAAAUGCAGGAAAGAGUAUCAGUAUUAGACUGGAUCGAUCAGAAGAACGAGUCUUUGACAGGACAUUUAAAAAUUAUGCAAAUGACUCCACUGUAGAGAUGGAGAAGAGGUUAAUGGUUGCCAGAAGACACAGAGGAAGAAAUCCGAAGAAGACAAUAUUGGUUAGAAAUGACUCCUCAGUGACUGAAUUUCUUCUUGCUGGAUUAACAGACCACCCAGAGCUCCAGCAACCCCUCUUUUUCCUGUUUCUGAUGAUCUACAUUGUCACCGUGGUGGGCAACCUUGGCUUGAUCAUUCUCAUCGGUCUCAACUCUCACCUCCACACCCCCAUGUACUACUUCCUCUUCAACCUAUCCUUCAUUGAUCUCUGUUACUCUUCUGUUUUCACCCCCAAGAUGCUGAUGAACUUUGUAUCAAGGGAGAACAUCAUCUCCUAUGACGGGUGCAUGACACAGCUGUUUUUCUUUCUCUUUUUUGUCAUCUCGGAAUGCUACAUGUUGACCUCAAUGGCCUAUGACCGCUAUGUGGCCAUCUGUCAUCCAUUGCUGUAUAGGGUCACCAUGUCCCAUCAGGUCUGUUGCUUGCUAACUGUUGCUGCAUACAUGAUGGGAUUUGCUGGAGCCUCUGCCCACACAGGCUGCAUGCUUAGACUGACCUUCUGCCAUGUCAAUAUCAUCAACCAUUACCUGUGUGACAUUCUUCCUCUUCUCCAACUCUCUUGCACUAGCACCUAUGUCAAUGAGGUGGUAGUUUUGAUAGUCGUGGGAAUUAAUAUCACAGUACCCAGUUUUACCAUCCUGAUUUCUUAUGUCUUUAUCCUCACUAGCAUUCUUCAUAUCAGAUCUGCUCAAGGACGAUCAAAAGCCUUCAGUACCUGCAGCUCUCACAUCAUUGCUCUUUCUCUUUUUUUUGGGUCAGCAGCAUUCAUGUAUCUUAAAUAUUCUUCUCCUGGAUCUAUGGAGCAGGGAAAAGUUUCUUCAGUUUUCUAUACUAAUGUAGGGCCCAUGCUCAACCCCUUGAUCUACAGUUUGAGGAAUAAGGAUGUCAAAAUAGCACUGAGGAAAGCCCUGAUUAAGAUCUGGAGGAGAAACAUGUUCUAA